CGUGAGACCGCUUGUGAGAGAACUUGGUGUCAGCCACGCAGCCACGAGUCCUGCCGGCUAUCGAGAUCCAGCUGUUAAAGACAACCCGGCAGAUUGACGGCUUGCUGCGUGGGAGACGCGUCUCAUCAAGACUCCACCUUUUUCUCUGUCGUAACGACGAGAAUAGAUCGUUCGGUGUCACAAGACUGACUUGUUGUCAGAAUUGUCAAUUCCCACUUGAAGGAACGUGAGAACCGCUGGAACGACAGCGUUGAGGAACGUGGGCGGGAUUAAUUAAUAUUCCGUGCUGCGUAAAUAGUGGAAGUGCCGGCGAUAUUGUAUCGAUACGAAGUUCACCUGCGACAAAGUAGAUAGCGCACAGCUGAGUUGUGUGAAGCGCGACAAAGUUUGAGUCGCUUCAUGAAUUACUUGUGUUUGGAUCUACUGGGUAAACUUCUCUCCCUUGGGAGUUCAUUCUCUCAAAUUUUUCGCAUAUCACUAAGACUCAGUUGAAUCUGAAAUCCACGAAAUAGACAGAACAAGGAAAAAUUACUUGUAUCUGUCACGAACUGUCAAAUUGUGGAGCUCAGUCAGAAGAAGGAACGUCUUGAUUCCUCUCUGGCAUUGAGGUUUCGCGCGCGGAUCGACCUUACGAAACUCGCUUCGAGCACGAGGAGUUCGUCGUCUCCUAAACGAAUUUAACGAGCGAACCCGUUCAGACAAUUCGUGCCACUUUACGCGGCGAAAGAUCGGCCAGUAUUCCCUUUCUCCCUCUUUCUUCCUCUCCGUCGUCGACGUCCGACAAAAGUUGAUUGACCGACGUGACUCACGGGAUCACAAGUCACUCUUGAGCUGUGGUAAUCGUCGCGUCGUGUGAUCGCGGAGGCAUUUCUCACAGUCUUAUCGCGUCAUCGCCGAGAAAAAUACAUCGAUCGUAUGAUAUUGCAUUAUUGAAACAUCGCCGAUUGCACCUUGCGACAGCCUAGGAUUAAAUUAUUGAUCGCUGACGUGUGUUAUCGAAAUUAAUCGGAGUCGAAGAAGGAAGAAUCAACGAAGAAAGUGCACUUCCCAGGACGUACGUUGCGAUCAUCGUACUCGAGUCAUUCAUAUUCUUCUAAUUGAAUUUUAAAGAGUAGAUCUCUCACGAUGACAGAAGACAGUGAUUCUUAGAAGCUGCUACGAUCAACGUUCCUAGCAGCUGAUUCGCGUAUCGCAAGUCAUACUCUCUCGAGGAUUUAUUCUGAUUCCUGUCUCCUCAACAAGAUCGAGUGACACGCUAGCUUUACGUUUCCGACAUCAGGAUUAAGUACCCGAAGACGGGCGCUGUUAGGAAAGGCGGUCACGUGCCACCUGUUACAAACCGAUCCGCAGUGCGGAAGGGUCGCGGAUCGCCAUCGUGGAUCAGCGUGUCGGGCGUCAGGCGGUCGCAGGAGAAUGCGGCUUUGCGUGGCGACGCGAUCCUGGCUGAUUCUGACGAUAGGAUGUUGACGGCCCGUUCGGGGCCUCUCGGGCUCGGCGUGCCACGAACCCUGGGCCCCGCGGAGGGAAGCGAUCACCUCUUCCUGCUACCGGAACGUGCUCUCGGCAUGGACAGCACUCACCUGCGACAGGACCUGGCUGGCCUGGACUUUAAUCUGCACCUGAACCUACUGCACACCGCGCCCCGCGGCAACGUCUGGCUAUCUGGAGCCGCUCCUGAGGAAACUAACCAAAGGUCCAGUUCUGCACACAAUCGCCACUCUCUCACGAAGGAGCAAACGAUGCACUGGUUCGCCCAGAUUGGUGGUGACGACUCUCUCUCUUUGACAGAUGUGAAGCGCCCGCGAAGUCUCUACGACGAGGACUCUCUCGAUGGCGAUCGUCCUUACGACAAUGAAGGACGGGAGUCGACGGGAAGCUCGAAGGAGUUGGACAGGGCGAAGCUCGUCCGCGAGAGGCAGAACGAGGAGCGGCAGCGGAAAUUGGAGGAGCUCAGGCAGCAGGCUCUCGCCGCGCAACGCUUCCGCGAACAGCGUGAGGAAGAACGACGAAGACGCAUCGAUGAACUCAGAUCGCGUGAUAACGAUAGACGAAAUCAAGUCGAAGAGAGAAAACGGCUGAUAUGCGAGGCAGAGCGAGAGAGACGGGAGGCUAUCCUCCGUAAAAAUCAGGAGAGGGAGGCACGCAUCGAGGCAAAGAAGAGAAAUGAGAGGUCGCAUAUCGUUUUUGCGUUUGGCAGCUCCACACCGCGGAUGCUGGAACCCGCUGAUACCGGCGGCUCUACCUUCUGGGGUACCCGCAGGGCCACCUCUACCACCAAUGUCAUGAUGUUUUCUGCUGCGCAGCCUCUCACUAGGAGAUCCUCCGAGAGGGAGCUAGAUGGCAGCAAAAAACGAGCUACUUCCGCUGGUGGACUCGACCGGAAACCGGGUGAAGAUAUGAGAAUGUCCUCGUCCAUGUACGAGGUGUUCAAUUGGAAUUCUAGCCCCGAUCCCCCCUUAACUCCUGCCAAGCAUAAGAGAGCCAGCCUCUCUCUGCCCCCCACAACUGACAUCUUUGCCGUCGAUGAUAAGUCCGAUAGCGACACUAGGCGUCCCAUGAUUCAGCGGGUUGCCAGUGGUGAUGAUAGCGACGGUGGCACGCCCAGCACCCCGACCUCGAUUUACCUACGUGUGAACAGGAGACGCACCGACCUCAUGCCGACGAUACCGUCCCCGCGCGACGGCCCACCGUCGACGACACGCAGCUCCAGCGCCAAGGCCUUCACACGUUCGCCAGGUAUCCGCAGCGGCGAAGUGACACCCAACAGCCCGUCCCGACCGCACAGCUCCAUGAGUCAACAGAGUGCCAGCAGCGUGGGCAGCAGUAACGUCAAUCUGCGUACCCGUACGGCCGCGUCGCGCCGACCGCGGCCUGCUUCUAUUGCCGGUACCGGUGUCUCGGUCACAGAGAAACACAAUCUGGUGGACAUGAAAUUGACGAAGGAUUCAAAGCCACCACUGCCAAAGGUCCAUAGCACUCCAAAGAAACCUUCUAUACCCAAAGUUGCGGAAGUGAGAAAGCCGACGGAGAAGUUAAUCAAGAACGCCAAAUCAUCACCACGAAUAACUCCGAAAGCGACACCCCUGCAGAGUCCCGGAGCUGAGCAUGCACCACUCAUUCGCGAAACUAACGUGGAGAUCAUAAAACAGGAUGAGAACAAAGAGACGCAGAAUGUGAAAUCGGAGGAUAAAAAUGAGGAAAAGAAGGAUCAAGGUAGCGAAAAGAUACAGGAAGCGAAUAUUGUCGAAUCUAUAAUUAAUGAUACAAAGAUAGGGACAGAAUCUGUGUUGGCAAGCAAACAAGUCAAAGACGAAACUAAUUUAAUGCAAGAGAAUCUAUCAGGUGCUAUUGCGGAAGAACCGAAAAUCGCUAAAAAGGAAGAUAACAAACAGGAAAAGAAAUCACCAGAGACGAAUGAAAUUAAGCUUGAAGGUGAAAUGGAUGAGCAAGUUGACAUGUCAGCUUCAAUGAUCGCGAAAAUCAGAAUCACCACCGAAGAGGAAGCAAAAGCUGCUUUGGCUGAACGUAGAAGAUUAGCUCGAGAACAAGCAGAACGAGAAGCGGAAUUGGAACGUCAGCGACAGGAGGAAGAAGCACGUCUAGAAGCUGAAAGAUUGCGCGCGGAGGAAGAAGAGCAACGUCGUCUGGAAGAAGAAACUAUACGCUUAGCUAAUGAAGCUCGAGAAGCCGAGGAACAGCGAUUGCAAUUGGCAAUCGAAGAAGCUAAACGUCGUGAAGAAGAAGAUAGAAGAAAAAGAGAAGAAGAAGCUCGCCAGAAACAAGAAAAAGAAGAAGCAGAACGCAAAGCGAGAGAAGAAGCAGAAAAACAACGAAUCGAGAUGGCUGAAAGGCUUAAGAAGGAAGAAGAGGAGCGCAAUGCCAGACGCAAACGAGUCGAGGCGAUUAUGCUUAGGACUAGAGGCAAAAAUCAAACUAAUACGUCUACCAAGGGAGAAGGUGGUGAUGGUGACAAGCUAAAAGAAGACAGCCCUAUCGACGAGAAUAAACCGAUGCCGGAUGGUAAAGGAGACGACGUCAUGACAGCUAGUUUAAUUUCCGAAGCAACUCAGCAAUUUAUAAGCGGCGAACAACGGGCGCAUCACACAGAAAACAGCGUACUUGCACCUGAUAUAGUGCACAACGGCACGACACAUAGCAACGGCAUUAACGAAAAUAAAAUUAUAUUGGAUAAUAAUCAGGAUAACGUUGAAGGAGAAUUGAACGGUCAUCAUACGAAUCACGGAAAUGGUAUCAACAGUCAAUCGAUUACGCUGGACAAUGCCACUGUCAAGCAAAACAACGUGACCAACCUGUUAGACCUGUCGGACUUCGAUACUCUGAGUAAUAACAGUACCGGCUACGAUACUGGGCCAAUACUCGAACUGACACCCAAUCUGGCGAAUGAGGAUACUCUCAACUCCAAUCUGAAUCCGGCAGCGAUGCCGUUUACUCCGAUGGGGUUCGUGCCCGCUGCUACUAAUGCCAAUGUUAAUCCGUUCCAGGACAAUUUCAUCAACAAGCCACAGGAUAACAAUCAAGUACCAGAUCUACUAUCAUAAGGUGUCUCUUAAACGUUCCCGGACGAACAGAAAACGAGCAGUUGGGCAACCGAAUUGCUCAUAACGAGCGGUAACAUUCGAAACGAGACGUUGUUGUUUAUGAUAAUGUAAAUAACCGCCGUCGCGCGACGUAUCAUGUGUAAAGGGGAUAUCUCGGUGAAGCGAGAAUGAGGGCGUAAAGACUAUCCCCGUACCUCACAAUCAUGCCGAGCUCUAAGCGUCGUCACCGGGAAGAAAGAAGUGUAAAAUAAUAUAUAAUGUUAAUUGAUUAUUAUUACGCAACAGCAGGUAUGGACACUCAAUCUGUGUGUCGUAGUACGCUAUUAGACAAAUGUAACUUUCUAAAGGAAGGGAAUUGAGGCCUAUUUGUAACACAUCAUUUUCAGAUGUUCAUUACGGACAUAUUUUAUGAUAACGAAUCGACAAAAUUAUUUUUUUUUCUCUCACAUACACACGCAAACACACAUAUACACACACGACUUCGCCCUUAUCACACAUACAUGCGUGUGUAGAUUAAGAUGUUUGAGGCGUUAAUCAAUAGAGAUGACAAAAUUGGAAAUUGCACAGAGAGUAAAUGACGAAUAAACAUACAAGACGCAAAAGAAAAAGAGAGGUAAAAUAGAAGUCGGAUCAAAUGCUGAGAACGUAUCUGCCAAAACAAUGGAUUA